AUGAGAGUGCUGACUUAUGGUAAGCCACAGACUGCGCACGCCAAGGCGCGCGGCGGCGACGCGUGUAGCCGGCGCGUUCCUGGCCACGCCAGCAUAUUUGCAGCUCAGCAGUGCAGGCCAGCGAGCGCGCGCGGGGCCAGCUUUGACUGGCGCUGCCUACAAAGCAGGGCAGGUAAUGAGGCGUGCCGGCUGCGGCCGGGGCCGCCCCCCUGCUACCUGAGCAAAAGCCACGCCCGCCAGCGGCAGCGGCCGCCACUGCGCGAGAACUUUGCUAAUUUCGUCCCGCCGCCACACUGUCGCUCUCGGCAUAUUUCUGACAAAGAGGAGAUUAUAAAUGCUCUAAAUGAGAUUUUAGAUAAUGAAUCUGAGGGCGAACCGCUGGAGUCUUUACCUGAGGAAGAAUUUCCAUCGCCAAUAGUUCCGGAUUCUUCAUCAGAAGACGCUGUUACUCCUGAGAAGGUUCUAAUGAAAGCUGAUGAGAAAGACGCGGUGACGCGGUCCGCGGCGUUCUUCCUGGCGGCGGCGGCGCUUCUGCUGCUGGCCGAGGUGUGCGUCCUCGCGGGGCACUGCGCACGCCACCGCCGCCUCUGCACCUUCGUCUCGGGCGUCAUCUGCAUCGUCGCUGGUCUGCUGAUGCUGAUCGGGCUGGUGAUGUACAUCUCGAUCUUCAAGGCGGAGAUCGGCAGCAAGCUGCGGCCGCGGUCGCAGCUGCAGCCGCCGCUGUUCACGUACCGCUACGGCUUCAGCUUCCUGCUGGUGGUGUCGGGCUUCAUGGCGUCUGAGACGGCGGGCACGUGCGCCGUCUUCCUCUACAUCUUCUGGCACCAGCUGGAGUGGGGCCGCAAGCGCCACGACCUGCACCGGAAGCUGUCCGCCUCCUCGGCGCUGCUGUCGCCGCCACCGCCCGCCUGCCGCAGACACCACUUGCCUCCGCCGCCCCCGGUUAUCCCGCACCGGCGCUACAUGCUGGAGUCCGGCCGCGGGCUCGGCGGGGGCAGCACGUCGCGGCUGCCGCCCCCGGAAGAUCACUGCCGGUCGCCGCCGCCGCCGCCGCCGUGCCUGAGCCGGUCGCACCAGGACCUGCGCUCCGCGGGCGGCUGCUUCCACGCGCCCUACCACGCGCACGUAGACGACGACUGCGGUCCCACGCCCCCUCCGCCUCCGACGUUGCACCACCACGGCCACCACCACCACCAUCACCACCAUCAUCACCAGCGAGAGCUUUCAACUUCAAGCCGUUCGUCGUCCUUCUUCCCGCGUGACGCGACUACGAACACGGUGUCGACGACUGCGGACAUCAACUCCUGCGCCGGCGACGAAGACGACGCAGAAGGCAGUGGGACACCCGGGGUGGUGUGCACUGCCGCCGGGCCCAAUGGCGUCUCCACCGACGACGACGACGAUGACGAGUACUCGCCGUCGCUGCAACACGAAUUCGUCACGUUCGACUUGGACGACACGCAGCCGCAACUGCAGCCGGCGCCGCAGCGAGUCAUGGUCGACGAGCAGCAGCAAACUACCGUGUCGGCGCUGCGGCCUAGAGGGGACUUCGGGUUCGACACUCUGCGUAGGACUACCCCCGUGUAGCCACCGGCGAACAUUGCUCUUUGCCUGCAGAGUAGAGGGACUAGCGGUCGAGACGCUAAACCUCAGCCUUGACAAAUUCGCUUCUCUCAACUUUACGUGAGCAGGAAACAUUCCUAGGUAGAUCUGAGGACCAAACUGCAACUAGUGUCGUUGCGUAUUACACAAAAUGUACACUCGGAGAACGACGUCACAUUUACACACGACACAUUUUAACUCUCGGAUAUGCGGAUUACAAGCGUUGUAAGUAGUCUGCAAUAUCUGCAACAAAACACUUGUCAUACAGGGUAAGCUUUUGCGACCUAGAGUCCGAGUCGGUGAAGUACUUUUGGCGCGUAACAGUGUCAUGGCAUAAAAUGCAGUGAUAGUUGUAUAUUUACAACUGGACAGCUUCUCCACCAAUAGUCAAAUAACAAUAUCGAUCAGUCUAAAAAAUCAGAUUAUACAAAUGGAAAGCCGGAGAGCAAAUAUUUUACUGCUGGGGUACUUGUUUUCGCAAUUAAAUCGGUUUUCAAUAGCAAAUCAUAUGAAAGCUUCUGCAAUGACGAAUCGCUUUCGUAAUCGUUUCCUAGUGUCGUUUGGAAUCGGGCAGUAUUUUUCCGUUCACAGCGACGUUCGAUUUGCGGUCGCUGGCAACCUGGUCAGCGAUGCUAUAGCCGUUCUCGAGGUUUUUACUGGGAGCCCGCUUGGCGUAUACAGCACCCUCUCUAAGCUUUCUCGUUGUGAUAAGUCGCUCCUUAGCGUGAAACUAGUCUCUCUAGAAUGUGUGGGCCUGCAGCUUUCAUCUGGGUGUUCUAAUAAAGCUGAUUUGUCAGUUUUACAGGGCUAUAAGCAAAGUCUGUGCUCUGCUACGCGUUUGUUUCGUAGAACAGCCCGCGUUUGUCACUAAGCUGAAACCUGUCAUGUAGUACUUAAAAAGAACAGUACUUUGCUUCUCCUGAUUCUUAUCAUUCAGUCAUCACACGAACGGCCUAUACGUGAUGCCACGUGACAGCUGGAUGGAUGGGGAACUCAGUGGCAUAUAUAUGGCUACAAUUGCACGUAGCUAAACAUACGGCGAAAGCUGCCUGCGACAACAGUAAAAACAUUGGUUGCUAAUUUAUGUUUAGCUUGGAGCGAUUACACAUCUAAAAAUUUACUGAUGUACUUUUGUUAUAUUUAUAUUUCCUUCAGAUGCUAUAUUAGCACAGGAUGGCCUUGAUACGAAAACCCAAAAACUAGUUAAGUACAGAUGUCAUUGUCUUCUUCUCCUUCUCUCUCUACGACAGACGGAAAUUCACACCUAACGACAUACGUUUACUUUAGGAAGCAGGCAGCUUUCUUUCUUCGGCAUCGGUCCUUUAUUUUCUGGCUGUGAGAUCACCAUUUGCGUUACAGCCAAUCAAAAUGCGGAAUUCACUUCUUACAUUUUGAUUCUUUCCUUCCCUCAAGUUUCGUUAAUUCACUAGAGAAACUAUUCAAAACUGAGAAUGGGAUGUUAAUACUCUCCCGACCUGUUGCCAGCAUUAAGUUUUAGUACUUCCUGAAGUCUGUCACGGGUAUAAAACGCUUUUUCUCAUAGGAGUCACUGUCGAAGACAAUGAGUAUCGAGAUCGUAACACAGUUCAGCAAAACAAAGACAUCAGCUUUUUUCUGCAGACACACAAGAGAAAUUCUGUGUAAAUCAAACUAUGAUCAUUUUUUCGAAAAUACCUCACAACAUUCUUUCUGUUUCCGCAAUUGAGAGUUUCCUUAAACCUGCUAAAAGAUGUCUACGAAGUUAUAAAUAAGGUUCUUAGUAUUUCUCUUAGAAAUUCAGUUCUCACAGAAGCAUUUACGUUAAGAACCAGAAAACAUGUUAGUCCUGUUAUUUUUGUAUUUCAGAAAUAGAAAACAAUAUUCUUUACAUGCAAAUUCAUUAGCUCGUUGUAAGUUAGAAUUCUAACGCAAAGCUGUUUAUAA